CGAGCGCCGUAAAACCUCUACUAAAACAAUCAAAAGAGUUCUACAUUUCACCUGUUGCACAAUGAGCAGCAGGAGGUUGACCCUCUCUUCUCGCCAAGCUGCUCUAAUCACCGUGUGGCGACAAGUCACCAAGAACAAUCAUGCCUCCUCCUCCUCUUUCUCACCUUUCACGACGAGUCUGGCGCCUUCACAGUUUCUUUCUACGUUGAGAGCAAAGGAGGCGCAAGUGGACUCCCUUUUUAUGAAAAUUGACUGGUCGUCGGAGGGAACGAUCACGUGGGAUGAGUUCUGCACGUACAUGCAACUGGAAUAUGCCGAGAAGGAGGACUCGUACCUCCGGGCCAAGGAAGUGGCGUUCCACCUGCCCGCCAAGAUCGAGAACCUGCCUCACCGGGACCCCGUCUUGAGGAUCACAGACACGUCAGACGGGACGUUCAUCGCCUGCAGCCACGAGGGCACGGUGACCUUCUGGUCUCCCAGCACCGAGCUCAAGCGGACCCGGACUGUCAUCAACCAAGAGAUGAACAACAGGACCAAGCCCAAGUGGAUCACAGAUUUCUGUCUCAUGUCGCAGUUCACCAAGCUUAUUGUGGGCACAGGAGAUCGAGAGAUUCAGUUUUUUGAGUUGUCCUCUUUUGAGCCCUACUGCCAGAUCAGUGGUUUGGAGACUGUUCCUCUCAAGCUGGAUUACAGUGCCACAGGCUAUGAUGAGUGUGUCAUUCUGUACGGGGACAGUCAAGGCUGUGUGAACAUUCUGGUCAUCAAGUCCGCUGGAGAGUGUCUCAGAACAUGGAAAAAAGCAACAAAGCACGAUGAUUUCAUUGCAAGCAUUAGUCUGGAUGCCAUCGCCAAUGGUAACAACGUCCAGUUCAUUCGCUGGCAGGUUCACCAAGACUGGGUGGGACAGAUUAAAUACUAUCAAGAAACAGGCCAGGUUAUCUCAUGUUCCAACAACACCAACACAGCCUUGGUGAUUGGAUCCACCGUAGGCAGCACCCACGUGGAACAGCAGCUGAAGGAAAUUAAAGAUAUGAACACCAGCCACGAAAGACCUCGCAACAAGUACGCUUAUAGCCAAGCCAAGGAGAGACUAGAAGCUGACCAGCAGGUCUUCAAAGUCUACAAAGGGGUCAAAGUCUUUGAUUUCUCAAAGUCCAAGAACAUGCUUGUCACUGGAGGCAUGGACAGAAUCAUCAGAUUGUGGAACCCUUAUGUAAAUUGGAAACCCACAGCCAUGCUAAGGGGACAUGCAGCUCCCAUAUUUUACUUGUUCAUCGCUGAAGAAGACAACAGAAUUUUCAGUAUUUCCACAGACCGGUGCAUCAGGGUGUGGGAUAUCCAAGACCACACAUGUCUCCUUGCCAUCCGUCCCAAAAGUCACAAGAUCCGCGGAGACCUCCAGGCCAUCCACUACUCAUCCAUCUCCCGUUCCUUGGCAGUAGCGACAGACCAAAUGGCCAUCCUCAACCUGAGACAUAAGGCCAUGCUGAAUGCAGACAUGGUAAUCACUCACAAAGACCCGGUGACGUGCUGCAAGUAUAACCCGGAGUUCAAGCAGGUCAUCACAUGCUGCAGUGGCUCGGUGAUAAAAUUAUGGGACUUUGAGACUGGUUCAGCCAUCUUUGAGUUUGGAGAGGCCCAUGGAGAGGAGGCCAUUACAUGUAUGACCUUUGACAAUACAGGUCGAAGGCUGAUCACAGGGGGUAGAGACGGAAUCUUGAGAAUCUGGAAUUAUAACAAUGGCCACUGUCUACGGGUGCUUAAGAAGAAAGGAAAGUCUGAUUCAGAAUCCAGCAGCGAUGAAAUUUGCGAUGUGACGUAUAUUGAGAUGAACAAAAAUAGGUACGUGAUAUCUGUUGGAUGGGAUCGCCGGAUCAACAUCUACUAUGACUCGUACAACGACAACAACAUCCAUCAUGUGCAGCAUCCCACUCCGUAUUGGAACGAUGAUAUUAGAGAUGGUCACAAGGAAGACGUGAUGGCAGUGGCUCAGUGUCUGCCCAAUCUCUUAGCGACGGCCAGCUAUGACGGAGAGGUCAUUGUUUGGAACAUGGUCUCAGGACACAUCUUCUGCCACCUUAUCCCCCCAGCUCCACCAGGAUAUGAAGAUCAAUCAUUGGAUGGGGACCUCAGUAUUUCGAAGCUGAUGUUCUUGCACACUCGGGCCUACAAGAAAGAUGCUGGCACUCUAGUGGCAAGUGGGCCGCGGGCACACAUUCAUGUCUGGAACGUGUUUCAAGGAGGAAGCCUCAUGGCUCAGUUUGAGGGUUCAAAGGUCAAAGGGGGGAUGGUGUCUCACCUGCUCAGCAACAGCAACAACACUUUGCUCUUCUCGAGUGACAGUUUUGGCUUCAUCUACGUGUGGGACAUUGCCACCUACUGCCUCACAGAGCCAGCAGUGCAGCCCCCGGAGUUGCUGCGCAAGUGGCGUGGUCAUGUGGAGAGCGUCUCCAGCAUGGAUCUGGUGGAGAGCUCCAACGUUCUCAUCACAGCCUCCAACGACUGCACCGUACGCCUGUGGACCACCGAGGGACACUACGUUGGUACUCUUGGCCAGCCGGAGCAGUGGGACCUUCACAACCCAGCUACAUACCAACAUCCCAUGGUGCCCUACGAUGUACUGGUUGACCCCAUGAGCUUACCCACUCACCCUGUUUUGCUGGAGAAGCAGUCCACCUUAGAGAUCAUCCAUCAGGAUUCAACCAGGGAUGAUUCUAAGAGCCCAAGAAGUGUGUCUCCACAAGUCACAUAUGGAAUGAAGCAGACCUACGUUGUGGACGAUGACAUGAUUAAGGCUAUGCUGGAGAGUCGACCUUUCGACACAGGAACUGGGAAACGAUUGCGACACGAGAAAAACAAGAAGGUGAAGGUAGACUGGGGAGGACCAAGUGAAUACCAAAUGCUUCACUGCUACCCACUUGAAGAGACACCCCAACCAACUCCUCCUACUCUGCGUGUGAACAAAGACGAUCCUUUUGACUUUUAUGUAGACUGAAACAAGCUUUUUGAAUUGGCUGUGGAUUUUUUAAAUGAAUUUGACUGCUGUGCCUCUGAAUUGUGGUCUUGCAGCAAGAGAAUCAGUGUAAGAAAGAUAUUCUCAGACUAGAUAUCUGGAUGUUUGCAGUUUCAUUUUUUUUCUUCUUUAUCUUUUUUUAAAUUUUGAAUUUGUUUAGACUUAAGAAUGGAAUCUCAUUGCAUGUUUAGAUGAUAAAUGUUGCAUAUCAAUGAGGGAUUCAUGAUGGUUGCAGUGUCAUAAUUCAAAUGUGAUGUUGUUUUAAAAUCAACUCCACUUCAAAGAAAGAAUGUUGCCCAUAGCUUUUUCACAGAAGCCUACCUCUCCUUUAUGAUUCUUUAUUCAGAGCAUGAAUCUGUACUCAUGGUUUUGCCUAUGUUUGGGUUCUUGUUAGCGCAGACAAAUACCUUUUCUCAAAAAAAUUCCUCUCAUUGGCCUAGGCUGUCGCCCACAAUCCAAAGGGUGGGAAUUUUGUAACACCAUAUCGACCUAACGUUUGCCUUACUCUUGAAUUUGGCACUUCUAACGUCUAAUAAUUGUCUCUGGGCAAAGUGGCUUUGGGCAACUACAAGGGCUCAAUGCAAAGACAGUAUUAAAGUUAGACAGCUGCACGUGAUGUAAUGAUGUAGACUGUCCGGGUCUGGUAGUUUUUCUUUCUUUCUACACCGGGAAGGUUGGCAAUAGGUUCGGGUAGCCUUUUUUAAAAAAAAAUCGGAAUGAGGGGGUUUUAUGAUCGUAUUUUCGUAAAAUUGAAUAUCAUACUGAUCCCGCCAAAUUCAUAACGACAGGCAGCUUGCAGUAAUGUCAAGCAUUAAAAUAAGCAAAUGUUUUUGGGUUUUUUAAUUUUUACUUUCAGUACUUUCAGCAUUGUAGAAACUGAUUAAAUAGUGUAAUGCUUGGCGCGUGUGAAUGAAUUACUCAUUAGUACUGCUGUUACUAUUUUGACAUUGCUUGCGGUUCCUGUCCCAUCUGCUGUCAGCCUAUGCAAUUUUCUCUACAUUUUGAGUAAAUAUUAAAUAUUCAUCUUGUACUGCUGUGAUACUUUGUGUAUAUAUAUAUACAAGAAUAGACCUGCUGCUGUCUCUUUAUGCUGAAAAACAUAAACAUAUGCAACAUUUACAAAGCAUUAUCCGUACCAGGUAUGGUUGCUCAUCAUAUAUUCAUUGUGUUUAUACAAGCAUACAAAUUGUCCAUUUCUACUUUAGUUUGAUACCUUCAGUAAUUAAUUUUACCAAAUGUAUGACUGUUUGUAGGAUUUUCACUAUUAUAGAUGGCUUGCUAGGUGUGCCCAUUGAAAGCGUUUGCUCAUGCAUAAGCUAUUCUCCAGUAUUUGACUCUUUGCUCAAGAGAAAGCAUUACCCAUUAUUGUGUGCAGGUUAUGAAAUGAAAGUAGUAGAUUUCAGGGAUCAGGCACUACUGAUAUCAAGAUCAGGCAAUCUGGAAACAAGGUUUACAACAUGCCAUUACUAUGACUGCAGCGCUUUUUUCAUCGGAAGAGGGUUUACUAGUAUAAUAAAGUGUUGUACUGUCCCUGUCGUUUUAUGCAAGAAAAAUUCGUAAAUUAUGCAAACUGAGCCCAAAAAUGUGAAAUUAUGCGAUUC